AUGGGCAAUAACUAAGUAAAUCAGUCAGACAACAUCUAUGAUAUCUACAAAAAUUAUUAAGUAAUAUCUGUCUUCUUAUUCUAGAAUCACUGGUAUGUUGGAGUAGAAAGGGAAGUGUUAAAAUUAGGAUAUCAUAUAAAUGUUAGAUCAGAUCGUUUCCAUAAAAUCAACUUUCUUACUCUUUAUUAAACAGUUAAACCAUAUUAUGAAUAAAAUAAUACGAUGAGUACCAAUGAAUCUCUAUUUGCAACUGAACUAGAAAACAUAAAAAGAUCAAAAAAUACUAUUCAUACUUCUAAAGAAUUUUAAGUUACGACAUUGCUCUAAGAUUGUGAUCCUUAUCUACAGGAUUAUGAGAAAUAAGUUAUUAAUUAAUUAUCAACUCUUUCUGGUUGUUUAUUGGAUAUCUUUUAGGCUUUUCGAAGAACCUAACUGCCCAAUACUAGUCAUGAAUUAGAUACAAUAUUAAUUAAAUUUCGAGAUUCUUAUGUUUAAGUAAUAAAAUAAUUAAAUUUAGAUUUUAAUUCAUUAUUAUAAUCUAAGACAUUAUGCUAUGAUUAAUUAGUGCUAAUUUUUGAAUUUUUAAUCACUUCAGUGUCUUGUCACUAAUAUGAUAUUCAAUGAUGAAAUAUCUACUUAUGUUUAUUAAAUCAAAAAAUAAGAAUAAAUACAAGAAAAUCAAAAGAUACAUUUCAAAUUAAUCUAAUCUUAAAAAAAAACUCUUUCAGAUUUCGGAAUUUCUAAUAAAUUUUGUUUAGAUUGCACAACUAGAGAUUAUAUUUAAAUUAAAAGAUCAACUAAAAUUAAUACAAAUACUUCUAUUACCAAUUAAAUUUAAUAAAUUAAUUAUGAAACUCUUAUAAUAGAGGAUGUUGAUAUAACAUAAUUACCCUCUAGACCUUAGGCAAGAUUGCUUUCAGGUACCUUUUUUCAUUAAUCACCUUUUGAAAAAGCAAUAUAAGCAUUAUAACUUAUAUAAUUUAGAUAAACUCCUCAUCAUAAAGUAAAAUAAUUAGUUAUUUGUUUUCAAUGUAUAUAUUCUACCAUUAUGGAUUAUUAUUAAUAAUUUGCUUAACAACCAUCAAAUUUGAGUACUGAUGAAUUGAUUUCUGUAUUUAAUUAUGUUUUAUGUAAAUCAAAGCUAUAAAAUCCAUAUACUCACUUUGAUAUGAUGCAGAAAUAUAUAGGAAAUUUAGAUGGUGUGGAAGGCAUUUAUUUAACCAUUAUGGAAGCAACCUUUUAAAUUGAUUGA